UAUUAUUGCCUCUGGUUGCGUCAGGGGCGCGUAUUCGCGCGAGCCCAUAUUUCUCACAACUUCUCAGAGCUCUGUGGCGCUGCUUGCAGACUUACGAACGCUUAGCAACUAACACUCGCAGUUGCGAUGGCGCAUGCACGGGCGGCAACCCAUGGCAGGUGCCACCGUGCACGACCUGGCGCACGGCCCUCGCGGAGUCGCCCACUGGCAGAGCGACGUGUGGUUUGUGGCCAUGCCUCGGCAGCAGCAGCACCGUCAGCAGUCCCCCAGCUACCGUCUCCCUUUGAUAGCAUUACCGCUGAGCGCGGCUUCCUGCCAAGCCCGGAUCCCCGCCGCGCGUAAGCAUGGGCCGGAGGGCCAAACCUGGGCCAACCCUGGGCUGAGGCUCGUUCUGAGCCGUCACAACGACGCUGCCGCGGCUUGGGAGGCCGCCCUCGCUGAGUUGCCCAAGCUGGCUGUAGCUGUGCAAUCUACCUCCACGGACGUUGUCAGUAGCAGCAUUAGCAACGGCGGUAGCGGUGUGAGCAAGGGCGUGCUACGUCGCACGUUAGAGGCGCUGCCGCCCUUCCCGCUGGGCCAACUGCUCCUUCUGGAUUCAGCGGGGCAUUCCUCGGCGGCGCCGGCUCACGGCGAGCAGCAGCAGCAGGACGAUCACGGCGAAGAGCUGUGGCGCGCAUAUCUGCUGCUUUCAUUCCUUGCGCACGCCUACAUGUGGUGCGAGCCCGGCCCGCCUCCCGCGGUGCUGCCGGCUGUGCUGGCGGUGCCGUGGGCGCGGGUGGCGGCGGCGGUGGGCAUGCCGCCCAUCCUCACCUACGCCACUUACAACCUGUAUAACUGGCGGCGGCUGGACCCGAGUGCGCCCGUGCGACUGGGCAACAUCGUCUGCCUGCACAACUUCUUGGGCGGCCCCGACGAGGAGUGGUUCCGGCUGGUGCACGUGGACAUUGAGGCGCGGGCGGGGCCGGCCGUGGCGGGGCUGGCGCGCCUGCAGCAGGCCGCGGCGCAGGACGACGCCCCCAGUGUGUUGGCGGGGCUGCGCGGCGUGUCGUCGGCGCUGCGGGAGAUGCAGGGGACCCUGUCGCGCAUGGGCGAGAAGUGCGACCCGUACAUCUACUACCAGCGAGUGCGGACGCCCAUGUCGGGCUGGCGCAACAACCCCGACCUGCCGCAGGGCCUCAUAUACGAGGGCGUGAGCGACCAGCCAGUGCAGCUGUACGGCGAGACUGGCGCGCAGUCCAGUGUGCUCCACGCCUUCGAUGCGGCACUGGGGGUGCAACACGAGCAGGUGUGGCUGCGCGACUACCUGGGCACCAUGGUUGCGCACAUGCCGCCCCCGCACCGCGCCUUCCUGGCCGCACUGGCGGCAGCCAACAGCAACACCGGCACCGGCACCGGCACGGCGGGAAGCGGACAGCCGGCGGGGGCCAACGUGCGCACCUACGUGCUGGGCGCGGGCGGCGGUGCGGGCGGCGAGCUGCGAGACGCGUACAACGAGGCGGUUGCCGAGAUGGAGAAGUUCCGCUCGCAGCACAAGGCCUUCGCCUACAACUACAUCGCCAAGUGGGCCAAGCGCGAGACCACCGGCACGGGCGGCUCCGACUUCAUGCCGGCACUGGCCGGGUACAGGGACACCACACAGAAGCACUUGCUGGUGCCGCCGUGAAUCCACGAUGAAGGAGUGGUGUAGCAGGGAAACGCUGUAAAAGGGCUGGAUGAGCUGGGGCUUUCCGUAGGGUGUGUGGGACUGACGCGCCGUUAUGCUUCCUCCCACAAGUGGUGGACCAAGCCAGAAGUGGGCAGGAGUGUGGUAAGGACACACUUGCAGCGCUGUGACAAGGCGCAAAUUAUGGACGCGUACACAUGACAAUGGUGCCCUCCAAGACUUGCGGCGUCAGUGCCGCCGUGGGUAAUGCUGUGGUGCAUCCGUUCAAUUGAGUGCAUGGUCGGAGGCGCGAGCAGUAACACUGGCGAAGCCGCAUACUCUGCUGGCACGCGCAUGCGUGUGUAGAUAUGCUGCCGCAAGCGCAGCACUCCCAUACUGGUAACGGGACUGUUGGUGCGGGGGCGACGCAUGCCCAUGCUUCAUUUGCGCCUGGGCUGGUCGUAACCGCACAAGUUGUCACCUGAGACUGAGCUA